CACUCCGAUCCGCGGCUCCAUCCCUCCCGAUGGCGCUGCCCGGCACUCGCCUCCCCUCUGACGCACUUUAAAGAGUCUCCCCCUUCAACCUCAAGGCGAGUAAUAGCGACCAAUCAUCAAGCCAUUUACCAGGCUUCAGAGGAAGCUGUUUAUGUGAUCCCAGCACUAAUUAGGCUCAUGAACUAACAAAUCGUUUGCACAACUUGUGAAGGGGCCGAUCACAUCCAUGGAUUGUCUUUGGACUUAGGGGGGGAGGGGGGGACGACCGCCUUUUCCUUGCAGGAGGGAAACUUCUCCCAGCAACUUUUUUUGUGUGUGUGUGCGUGGUGCGUGUGUGUCUCCCUUUUGGGUACCGCUGGCUGCCGCUGCCUCCUUUUCCUCCAGCCCCUGUCUAUUUAUGUGUGUAUCUAUCCCUCCUCAAGUCACUCCCUGCUGCAAACUUCCCCGGAUCGUCUCCCGCGCACCAGAGAGAGACGGGCAGAGAUUGGGUCGGGGAUUCUCGUCGCGGCAGCAUGUUUCAGCCCACACCCAAGCGGUGUUUCACCAUCGAGUCGCUGGUGGCCAAAGACAGCCCCUUGCCCGCGUCUCGCUCCGAGGAUCCUAUCCGGCCGGCGGCGCUCAGCUAUGCCAAUUCCAGCCCGAUGAACCCUUUUCUCAACGGCUUCCACUCCACUGGCAGGGGGGUCUACUCCAACCCGGACUUGGUCUUUGCAGAGGCCGUCUCCCACCCGCCUAACCCGGCAGUGCCGGUCCAUCCCGUGCCCCCUCCUCACGCCCUGGCCGCCCACCCGCUGCCUGCUUCGCACUCCACGCACCCGCUCUUCGCCUCGCAGCAAAGGGACCCCUCCACCUUCUACCCGUGGCUAAUACACCGCUACCGGUAUCUGGGCCACAGGUUUCAAGGGAAUGAAACCAGCCCGGAGAGCUUCCUAUUGCACAAUGCACUGGCCAGGAAACCCAAACGGAUCCGUACAGCUUUCUCCCCAUCCCAAUUACUGAGACUGGAACAUGCCUUUGAGAAGAACCAUUAUGUAGUAGGAGCGGAGAGAAAACAGCUGGCACACAGCCUCAGCCUCACAGAAACUCAGGUAAAAGUAUGGUUUCAGAACAGACGGACAAAGUUCAAGCGGCAAAAGUUGGAAGAGGAAGGUUCAGACUCACAACAGAAGAAAAAAGGGACUCAUCACAUCAACCGGUGGAGAAUCGCCACCAAACAAGCCAGUCCAGAGGAAAUCGACGUCACGUCGGACGAUUAAGAACUGGCUCUUUGGGACUUUUCAAAGCCGAACACCCCACUAACCGAAAGUGUUAAAGGCUCACACCCCCCGGCGUGGCGGUGCGGGGAAGGACACGGAGAUCUUCAUCAAAACACGAUUCCCGUCUGGGAGGGAGCUGGGAGCGAGCGAGGGCCAGACAGCGAGGGGUCCGAACUGUGACACUGCCGGCACCGCUCUGGCAAGGGGGAUCUGUCAAUCAGAGCCAAAACAGCGGGACGAGGUGAUUGACAGGUAUUCCGUUUAUCGCAGUCCACUUUUAAAAGCAUAACGUCAAAAAAAUUUAAAAAUAUAUAGAAAAAAUGUUAAAAAAAAAAAAAAGACAAGCCAGCCCCCCCCCCCCCCCCCCCUCCAAAUCAGAAAAAUUACCACCUUACUGGACAUUUUGCACUUCACAGUUUUUUCCGUCUUUGAAAGAGAAAUUUCCAUAAGCAGCCAAAACCCACACCUGUUUCAGAAACUUGAAUUGCAUGUGUAAAGCCGUCUGGGCAAAAAAAGAAAAAAAAAAAAAAAGGAAAAAAAGCGAAAAAAUUACUCCAGUUCCUAAAGACAGAAAUUAAUUGUAAUUUUUUUUCCCUUUAAGACAGGUUCCGUGUGCUUUUUAAUUUUAUUUUACGAGAAAUGUGCAGUCUGUAAACAUUUUAUGAUAACUUCUGGCGUCAAAGUGUUUGUGAAAGCUAAAUGAAGUAGCAGUAACAAAGCAUAGUGUUCCUUCCGGAUGGACAAACACGGUGGGGAGGGGAGGGACGGGAGGGAAAGGCGGGGAGGGGGGGGAGGUUGGGGUUGGUCAUAACUUUUACUGAAAAAAAAAAAAAAAUUAAAAUUAAAUUAGCCCCCCUCCACCCCCCAUCGUAUCCCCAUUGCAAAACCGGAUGAUGAUUAUUUUUUAAGAUUAAUAAAGCGCCAACCCAGCGACCAGUUUUGGCGGUGAGGACACUUUCUAGGCUGGGAGGAUCCAGAGAAAAGGGACUUAAAAUCGCAGAUUGAUUUUUUUUUCCUAAUGACCAUUUUCAUUGGGGCAAUUUUCAAGCACUGACCUUAUAAUAUUCCGAGAUCAUAGAGCUACUAAGAAAAAGUUACAAAUGUUUCCUUCAUGUCUCCUAUACCAGAAUGUAAAUAUUUUUGUGUUUUGUGUUUAAUUUGUUAGAAUUCUAACACACUAUAUACUUCCAAGAAGUAUGUCAUUGUCAAUAUUUUGUCAAUAAAGAUUUAUCAAUAUGCCCUAAA